AUUUUAGCUCUCUAAUGUUAUUAAUUUGUUCACUAAAUGCAAAAACAUAACUGCAUAAUUGUUAUUACAAAGAUAUUAGAACUUAAAAAAGAAAAAAAACAUUAUUGCACUCAAGGAAGACACUGUUCGUGAACGCGCUGCGCAGCCCCUGUCCUCCGCGCAUGCUCUCUUUAAUCGCAGCGUCAGGAAAAGUUUACAAACACAAUGGCUGAGGAGCAAGCUCAGACAUCAAACGAAGAGCCCGUUCCUCUGUUCCUCAUAACAUCAAACACAACACAGCAGAAUAAGAGGAAAAAGGUCGCCCACAAAGAGCGGGCUGAGGAGGGAGAGUCAGAUGAAGCCAGGAUAAACAUCGGAGUCGCUUUUCAGAGGUGGAGGGAGAUACGGGAACUGAAAGGGUUCAAAACUGAUGCAGAGUUCGCGACAUUUCUGCUGGACAGAGCUGCUGACUUUGAAAAGGAAGAGCUGAGUUUCAGUGAAGCAGAAAAACCUUCUGCUCGGGUUUCAAUGUCAAGUGUUGACCGUGCAGAGGACUGGGUAUGUUCUCCGGGCGAGGACAAAGGAGACGUUUCAACAUCAGAGGAUGAGGAUCGCGUCAGUGACGAUAAGGAUGAGGACUACAUCCCUCCAGUAUACGUUCACACUGGCGGUGCCAGUAAAACUAAAAUGCACUUGGAUGCUCCAGAGUCUAUCGGCAAAGGGGACGCUUCACGUGAAACUGCAGAGCCAACGGAGCAGCUGCCAGGGGGCACGGAAAAAACGAAAGUCCAGACUGAGGACAAAACUGGAAAUGGGACCCAUCAUCAUCUUGGAAACCAGGAAAUGAAUGCUGCCAAGAAACAUCUCCAAUGGAAAACAGAGGAAGGCCAAAGAGCUGAAACACGGGAGCAGGAUCAUAACGCAGCACCUACAGGUAUUUAUUUUUGUUCGGGAGAAUUUUUACGUGCCAGUCCAGAAUCCACCAGUGAGCACACCGGCCUCGCUUACAAGACUGAAGAGAUAAAACCGCCGCAGGAGCUUCGCAGACCGAAGAAGAUCUACAAGUGUCAGACCUGUAGUAGAGUGUUCCCUCGGUACAAUGCACUGCAGCGCCACCUUGUGAUUCACUCGGGAAAAAGACCUUUCAAAUGCUUCAUAUGUGGAAGGGGGUUCACCCAGAGUGGAAACCUCAAAACACACAUGAAAGUUCACAGAGGUGAGCUCCCAAAGUGGACCUUAGUGCAAAAGAAGAGCGAGCCUAAAGAAUCGCCUGCUACAGUUCACGUGUGUGGGGAGUGUGGAAUGGACUUCCCUGAGAAACAUCAGCUAGAGGAACACCGCGAGACUCACAAGAAACCCUAUGCAUGUCCCGACUGCGGCAAGAGAUUCAAACAGGAAAAUGGCGUUAAAAUCCACAUGCGCCUCCACUCGGGAGAUUCCCUUUUCUUCUGUUCCGCCUGUGGGAAACACUGCACUACGGCUAAAAUGCUUAAAAUACAUAUGCUAACUCACACUGGAGAAAAGAAUUACCAUUGCGAUCAAUGUGGGAGGGCGUUUUCACGCUCUUCCUAUCUAAAGUUGCACCUCAGAACUCACACCGGAGAGCGACCUCACUUGUGCUCGAUCUGUGGUAAACGUUACUCCAGAGCAGAUACUCUUAAAGCCCACCUGAGAGUUCACACCGGAGAGAACCCGUACACGUGUAAGAUGUGCGGGAAGUGUUUCUAUUAUUAUCAGGGUUAUCAAGCACAUGUGAAGACUCAUAACAAGAAGCCAAAAACCGCUACAAGACCUCUGGGGAGACCAAAACAACAGCUAAUAGUGGUAAAUAACCAAUAAUGGGAUUUUAGAAAAAUAAGAAAAUGUUACAUUAUUUUUGUUAUAUAAUAUACCUUUAACUCUCUACAGAGAAAUCUCUGAAGUGGUUGGAAAAGCAGUGUAAAUGUUAUGUGUUUUUUAUUCAGUUGCUGUUAUUUGACUAGAACUGUGAAGAUAAAUCCUAAUAAUUGUUCCUGUGUGUUUUGUAAUUGUAGUCUUACCAAACUCUUAAACUUAAUGUUGAUUAAUCCAUAUACUGGAGACUCAGUGGAUCUGAUACAAGGAUUUGCCAUCAAGCCAAAAGCUUAAUCCAGUGAAGCUAGAAAUAUGACUGUUAUUUGUUUUUUGUCCUUGAAAACAAUCAGCCAAUCACGCCUGAACGUGAGGUUAGCUUACUAAUCACAUUACAGCAACUUAGUGCAUUUACACUUGUCAAGAUGACCUGUAGAAGAUCAGAUCGGGAAAGAAAUGUGAUUUAAGUGACUUUGAAUGUUGUGCCGUUGUUGGUCCCAGACAGACUGGUCUGAAUAUUUUAAAAACUGGUCUACUGGGCUUUUCCUACACAUCUAACCCUAGGGUUUACAGAGGACCGCCUGGAAAUGACUAAAAAGUCUAAUGGUUUUACUUUGAAAUUCAGAUUGUAAGGUCAGAAUUUGAUGGAAAGAACAGGAAACCAUGGAUCCAUCCUGCUCAAUAUAGUUAUAAUUUGUUCUGUCUUUCAUUUCAUUUCAGUUUCAGUUUUAUUUGUUAUAUGCAAGUUAGCACAGGGUCAACAUUGCAAUGAAAUGUAUUUGACGAGCAGAAGACAAGUCACUCAGCAGUACUGUACAGUAAAAAAUAUUUAUAAAAUGUAGUAAAAAUUAUAGUAAAAAAAUGUUAACAGACUAAAUAUAUAUAUAUAUAAAUAUAUACGCACACUUGUAUAAAUGGAUAAAGAAAAGUGUGACCAUUAAAAUAAUAGCCUCUGGGUACUUAAAUAAGUACAAUAUUUAUUUCCUUUAAAGCUCCCAUUUGUUCUGCCGUCGAUUUCUCUAAACAUUCAGCACCAGGGGUUUUUCUAAACACCAGCAAUAUGAGAAGCAGCCAGUUCGUGAACGCGCCGCCACACCCCUCAACCCUGCGCAUGCGCUCUAGCUCCAAAUCUUGGGGAAAAGUUUACAAACAAUGGCUGAGGAGCAACCUCCAGCAUGCGACGAAACGCCCGUCCCCCUUCUCCUAAUGCCAGCACAACACAACAACACAACAGAGCCGGUUAACGAGAAGGUUACCGACAAGCAGCGAGCUGAAACGAAAGCGUUAGCCCGAAACAAAAACAGAGUAAACAUUGGAGCUGUUUUUCUCAGGUGGAAGCACGUACGGGAACAGAGAGGAUUCAAAACAGAUGCAGAGUUCGCCACAUUUCUGCUGGACAGGACAGAGGAAAUUACUUGUUUUCCACGUGAGGACAAAGGACAUGGGUCGACAUCAGAAGAGGAAACAGCAAAAGAGGAUGGUUGCUAUGAUGAUAGCAAUGAUCAGGAUUACGUUCCCCCUGUACAUGUUCGCACUGGCUGCCUGAGUGCUCCCAAGGCAAUCACCAAGCAGGUCACCAUGCAUGAUGCUGUAGAUGCAGAACAAACAGAACAGCCACCAGGAGCAGAAACAAUCCACGUUCAGAGAAACAAGCCUUACCAUCUGCUUGGAAAUCAACACAAGCAAAAACCUGAAAACACCUGUCCAGCAGAUCAGUCUUCCCAGACACCAGGGGCUUCCUCCAGACCUCCAUCGUAUGAGCAGGAGCUCACUCCAUCUGUCUCACAUCACAACGUGCCAAAGAAAAUAAACCGGAAUGAGACGAACACUGACGAAAAUCCCAGUGAGGACCACAGACCUGAAACACAGGAUCACAGCACGGCACCCACAGGUGAAGGAGUGUUAUUGAAAAUGUAUUAAAAAGACUGACAGACAGUACAUGUGCUGCACAAGAUGUAGCUAAAAAUCAUGUUCAUGUCUUGGGCUUCACCAACAUUCAUUAUGAAAGAUGGUCCUUCUUUUUGUGGUACACAUAUGAAUAUUAUUUUGAGCUUCAUUUAAUUUGUGGUUUAACUUUUUGCCUUCUGUCAGAAAGAUAUCAAAAGUAACAGACAGUCGAUUUUUUGUCUUCUCCUUUUUUUAUGCUUUAUAUGUCUGAAAACUAUUGAAAUAAGAGAAAGAUCUACACACACUUUAAUAUCAUAAUUUGAUUAUAAAUGGAACCCAUACACAUGAUUCUUGCAGUGCAACAACUUCACACUGACAGAUUUCUGUAUUUAUUCACUAUUGAGGAGAAACUCUAACUCUAGAACCUACCAGUGUACAGAGCAGCUCCCAGGAGCUUUAUAAACCAAAGAAGACGUACUACUGCCCGACCUGCGAAAGAAUGUUCCCCCGGCACAACGCCCUGAAACGACACCUCGUGAUUCACUCGGGAAAAAGACCUUUCAAAUGCUUCAUAUGUGGGAGAGGAUUCACCCAGGGCGGAAACCUCAAGACACACAUGAAAGUUCACAGAGGAGAGCUACCAAAGUGGACAUUAAUUCAAGAGAAGAGCGAGCCUAAAGCAUCUCCUGCUACAGUUCACAUGUGUGGGGAGUGUGGAAUGGACUUCCCUGAGAAAGAUAAGCUAGAGGAACACCGUGAGACUCACUGGAAGCCCUUUGCAUGUCCUGACUGUGGGAAGAGAUUCAAACAUAAUAAGAGUGUUAAAAUGCAUAUGCGCCUCCACUCAGGAGAUUUACCUUAUCUCUGUUCAGAGUGUGGAAAGACUUGUGUCACGAUGGAAAUGCUUAAAAAACACAAGUUAACCCAUACCGGAGAAAAGAACUACCACUGUGAUCAGUGUGGGAGGGCAUUUUUGCAAUCUUACAACCUCAAUUUGCACCUGAAGACUCACACCGGAGAGCGAUCUUUUCUGUGCUCGAUCUGUGGGAAACGUUACUCCAGAGCAGAUACCCUAAAAGUUCACCUGAGAGUUCACACCGGAGAGAACCCGUAUGCGUGUAAGAUAUGUGGGAAGUGUUUCUAUUACUAUCAGGGCUAUCAAGCGCAUGUGAAGAUUCAUGACAAGAAGCCAAAAACAUCCAUGAGAACUUUGGGGAGACCGAAACAGCAGUUGAUAGUGGUAAAUAAACAGUAAUGUGAUCAAGAACAUUUACAGCAGUCUGAGAAGCCUUUGAUUAUUAAACCUAAACAAAGACAUGUACUCCUUUCUGUUAAUGUGACUUCUGAGGUUCAAGAGAUAUAUGCAAGACUCUGACCUCGUGCAUUAUGUAUGCCAAUUGAUGUAUUUUUAUAUCUUGCAAGUAGUAUGCAAUACUGUGCGAGCAUGGUGUCUUGUCCCAUCAGUGUUGUAAUGAACGUAGCAGUCUGUUGUCACUUUAACAGAUUCAUCAAGCCAGCAAUGAUACAUAUCCAGUGUCUGAAAAGAGUUCAUUUGAAAUAAAAUCUCUCAGAUACUCGAGUAGAAAAAGUA